AUGCCCACCACGCGGUCUGGAAAAUCUAGCGCCGGAGCGCAGACGCAACCAGUACAGAAGAAGCGCAAAACAGAGACAACCCACGAAAUCAGCCCGAAAAGGAAGAAUAAAAAAGCCGGAGAGCAAAAAAGUACCACUGCUUCGACUAAAAAGCGCUCACGAAAGGAGACGGAUGCAAAACAAGAAAACGCCAACACACAAGCACCAUCUCGUGUCCUAGAAAAGGGAGUGCCAUACUACUUUAUCCGUGGCCGAGUAGGCAGCGAUGAACCCAAGUCCAUCGACGACAUCGCAAGAGGAUAUCUCAUCCUUCGGCCCAUCCCCGAUGACGCAAAGCUCCGCGGCGCACUCCCCACGUCGGCUACAGCCAGACUUAUCGCCUUGCCCAAAAAGGCGUUGCCUGCAGGCCCCAAGGACAGAUUCAUGGCGUUUGUUGAAAAAUCACAUGCGUCCUAUGACGAACUUGAAAAGAAGUUUCUAAAGGGAGAGGUUUACGAGACGAAGACGGUGGGACGGCGUCAAUCUCCCGAUGCAACGCCUGUAGGGGAAGGUGUGUACGUUAUUACGACCACGGGGCGUGAGAGUCACCUUUCGUAUAUGGCAACUCUGCCAGAUGAGCUGGGUGAGCUGCAACAUGCGCUGCGAUUCAACGAGAAGGGAAGUUUUAUCAUUAGUAGUAAGAAUCCGACGUAUAAGGGGCCGUCGUACGCGCGGCUACCAAAGGGCCCGGAGUAUCCUCAAUCGGUACUUGAUAAGUUCAAGGACUUGCGCUGGGUGGGAGCGCAGCCCGAGUUUUUGGAUUAUCCUCGCGCGCAACUCUUGCUGAUCGGACACAAGACCGGGCUCGGCGAGGAGGACAAGAAGAGUGAAGAUGGAGAGGAUCCGGUCGAGACGUUGAGUCAGCUUGAAAAGGACGACCUUGACAGGAUGAAGCAUUUGUCGCCGGAUGAGUCUGAUGCGAUUUAUGCUGAUUUGCAUAGCAGGAGGAUGGCGCAUCCGGAGAUUAAAAGUGACCUUGGCGGCUAG